ACAAAAAAAAAACCAGCUAAGACGAUACAAUAUAACACACUAUAAACUCUCUCUUUUUUUUCCUCUCAUAAUAUUGUUGUAUCACAAAAGAAGAUUUUUCUCCAUAUCAUAUAAUCUUCCAAAUAACUAUCAAAAAAUUAAAUAAAUCACAACCAUAACCAAUUAGCCAUAGAGCUAGCUAUAUUUACCUUUCUUCUCAUUCGUUUUUGAAUAAACAAAAUUGAAUAAAUACAUAUUAUUCAUCACUUCUACACAGUUUUUAUUUUUUUUAUUUUGCUAAACCAAAGUGUUUUGUUGAGAAUUCUUCAAACAAAGCAACCGUCAUUAACGGACUCGUUUUGAAGAUCUCUGAUUUUGUAUUAUUAUGUUAAUUGGAGGAUUUGGAGAGUAAAUAUAAGCGUGAUUUUCCGUUUGAGGAUUAUUAAUUUACAAUGGUGAAGAGAUGAUGUGUACAUGAGUUCUCAACUUAAACGCCCCAUUGUUUCUUCUCGUGUUGAACAUUCUGGGCAAUCCCCAAUGAUGGGUGGAAGUAGUGCCAACAAGCUAACAACAAACGAUGCACUUGGCUAUCUCAAGGCAGUGAAGGAAAUCUUUCAGGACAGAAGGGACAAAUAUGAUGAGUUUCUUGAGGUCAUGAAAGAUUUCAAGGCUCAAAGAAUUGACACUUCUGGUGUGAUAGUGAGGGUGAAGGAAUUAUUCAAAGGGCAUCGAAGCCUAAUUUUAGGUUUCAAUACAUUUUUGCCCAAGGGAUAUGAGAUCACCAAUCCUGAGGAUGAACCUCCAGUGAAAAAGCCAGUUGAAUUUGAAGAAGCAAUCAGUUUUGUAAACAAGAUAAAGACUAGAUUUCAAGGCGAUGAUUUCGUAUAUAAAUCGUUUCUUGAUAUUUUGAAUAUGUAUAGAAAGGAAAACAAGGCUAUUGCAGACGUUUAUAAUGAGGUCUCCCACCUUUUCCGUGGCCAUCCUGAUUUGCUUGAAGAGUUCACCCAUUUUUUACCUGAUGCCAUGGCAGCAGCCCGAGCUCGUAAUGCUCAAGCUCAUAGGGCCCUUAUCCAGCGUUAUGAUGAGAAAAGCUCUUCGAUGACCGCAGCAAGGCACAUGCAUGUCGAGAAGAAGGCUACUUCACUAGUUGAUCGGCCUGAUCCAGAAUAUGAAGAAACAACGACGAGAACUGAAAGGGAAAGAAGGGAACAACAACAUGAGGAUAGAGAGCUGGACAGAAAAUCUGUUCAUAGAGAUGCUGCUGUUGACCAGUUUGAACACAGUAUGCCGGACCAUGGCUUUGCUUACUGUGAGCGGGUUAAGGAAAGGUUACAGGAUAUCGGAGAUCGAAAACAAUUUUUUAAGUGCCUUCAUAUCUAUAGCAGGGACAUAGUUACAAGACCACAAUUGCAAUCCUUGGUUAGCAGCUUAUUUCAGAAACAUCCAGAUCUCAUGGAGGGAUUUGAGGAAUUUAUUUCUCAUUGUGAGAGGACAGAUGGAUAUCUUGCUUCUAUUCUCGGCAAAACACGAUCCUUAUGGAGUGAUGAACACAUUCUCAAGUCUGAGAAAGUAGAAGACAGGGACAAAGACCGAGAUUGCGAGUGGGAAGACAGGAAUAGAGUCCGUGAGACAAGAGAAAGAGAGAGAUCUGACAGAGCCGCGGCCUAUGGAAGUAGAGAUAUACAAGGGCAAAAAAUGUCUUUGUAUCCAAGCAAGGAUAAAUAUGCAGCAAAACCUAUACAUGAGCUUGAUCUCUCUAACUGUGACAGUUGCUCCCCAAGUUAUCGGCUUCUUCCAAAGAAUUAUCCAAUUCCUUUAGCGAGUCAGAGAACAGAAAUUGGUGCCGAAGUAUUAAAUGAUCACUGGGUAUCUGUAACAUCAGGAAGUGAGGACUACUCUUUUAAACAUAUGCGCAAAAACCAGUAUGAAGAGAGCUUGUUCCGAUGUGAAGAUGACAGGUUUGAGCUGGAUAUGCUUUUAGAGUCUGUCAAUACGACAACAAGACGUGUUGAAGAAUUGCUCAACAAGAUCAAUGAUAAUACUAUUGCGAGUGAUAGUCAUAUCCGUAUUGAAGAACAUUUUACUGCUCUGAAUCUAAGGUGCAUUGAACGUCUCUACGGUGACCACGGGCUUGAUGUUAUGGAUGUGUUGAGGAAGAAUGCACCACUUGCCCUUCCAGUUAUACUCACUCGCUUGAAGCAGAAACAAGAGGAGUGGGCGAGGUGUCGCUCUGAUUUUAAUAAAGUUUGGGCUGAAAUUUAUGCUAAGAACUACCACAAAUCACUGGAUCAUCGUAGCUUUUAUUUCAAGCAGCAGGACUCGAAAAGCUUGAGCACUAAAGCACUGCUGGCUGAGAUAAAAGAAAUCAGUGAAAAUAAGUGCAAAGAAGAUGAUGUGCUGCUCUCUGUUGCUGCUGGAAAUGGGCAACCGAUUAUCGCACAUCUGGAGUUCGAGUAUCCUGAUUCUGACAUCCAUGAAGACCUUUAUCAAAUCAUCAAGUAUUCAUGUAGAGAAGUUUGUACAAGAGAACAGUUGGAUAAAGUCAUGAAGAUUUGGACCACCUUCCUGGAACCAAUUUUUGGUGUUCCUCGUCAGCCUCAAGAUGAAGUGGAUGGUGAAGGUGUUGUAAAAGCUAAAAAUCUAAAUGGUAAAGAUAAAACAGCAAUUGACGGGGAAAGGGUGGGUAGCCCUGCUAGUGGCUCGGGCUUGAAUUGCAGACAAAGCAGUUCCAGGAAUGGAGAUGAACAGCUUCCACCUGAGCAUUCAAUUUCUUCUAGAGUUCGGAUAGCAGAUGGCGAAAAUGGGUUUAAGGAUGAUAACCCUCCUCAUGCAAAUGGUGUGACACUGAAAAUUGUCAAUCCAAAGACCCUCCUUCAGCAUGGAAAGGCAGCCGCUAAUCUCAACAUGGCAGAUGGGGCAUCUGGUCUCAGCAGAGAGGCUUUGUCUGCUGACCAGCUAGUGCUUUCGAACAGCACUAUUGUGGGGGAAAGCCUUGGAAGAGUCUGUAGAGAAACUGCUUCAGUGCAUGGUGCAGGCACUUCGAGACCUAGUAGUUCCACAAUCAAACGUGAAGCUGAGAGAGUGUCUUCUAAUGACUCAAAGAACGGAGGGUUCGUGGACCUAAAGGCAGAAGGUAACAAAGUUGAGAAAUGUCAUGAAGAAUCCGUAGGAAAAUGUAAACUUGAGAGAGAAGAGGGUGAAUUAACUCCAAAUGGUGAUUUUGAGGAUAAUUUUACGCCAUCGAAUGAUGGUGGUCAAAAUGUAUCACAUAGUUUAAAGGGAAGUUCAAGUAGUAAGCUGUACCAAAGUGGACACGGAGAAGAAGAAAUUCGUGGUGGACACAGAGGAUGUGAGAAUGAUGCUGAUGAUGAAGGGGAAGCGAGUGCUCAGGGGACAUCAGAGGACAGUGAGAAUGCUUCUGAAAAUUGUGACGUUUCAGGUAGUGAGUCUGCUAAUGGAGAAGGUUCUCAUGAAGAGCGUGAAGAAGAUGGGGACAAUGAUGAGAAUGAUAACAAGGCAGAGAGUGAAGGUGAGGUGGAAGGAACUGCUGAUGUCCAUGAUGCUGAAGGAGAUAAUGCUGUUAUGCCAUUUUCGGAACGUCUUCUACAUACAUCCAGGCCUCUCACCAAGCAAGUUCCUUCUAUAUUUCAUGACAGGGAGAAGGAAUCACGUAUAUUUUUUGGAAAUGAUUCAUUUUAUGUACUGUUCAGACUUCACCAGACAUUGUACGAAAGACUACAGAAAGCAAAAUUGCAUUCUUCAUCAUCUGAACACAGAUGGAGAGUCUCAAAUGCUAUAAACUCUACUGAAUCAUAUUCCAGAUUCAGGAGUGCACUUUAUAACCUGCUUGAUGGUUCCUCUGACAAUGCAAAGUUCGAGGAUGACUGCCGAGCUAUUAUUGGAGCUCAGUCAUAUCUUCUCUUCACCUUAGACAAGUUGAUAUACAAAAUUGUCAAACAGCUUCAAACGAUUGCAACUGAUGAGUUGGAGAGUAAACUUCUCCAACUAUAUACAUAUGAAAUCUCAAGAAAUUCUAGCACAUUUUCGGAUGUAGUUUACCAUGAAAAUGUGCGUGCUCUUGUUCAUGACGAGACAAUAUAUAGAAUAGCAUGUUCAUCUAAACCAACACGUCUAUCCAUGCAACUCAUGGACUAUGUUUAUGAUAAGCCGGAGGUGUCUGCUGUUACAAUGGACCCAAAUUUUGCUGCUUAUUUGAGCAAUGAACUCCUCUCUGUUAUUCCGCAGAAGGAGAACCCUGGAUUGUACUUGACAAGAAAUAAACGGAAGCAUGGAGUUACAGAUGAGACUUUUACAUCCGACUCUAUGGAAGGACUUCGAAUUUUUAAUGGUCUAGAAUGUAAGAUAGCAUGCAGUUCAUCAAAGGUUUCUUACGUUUUAGACACUGAAGAUUACUUGAUCAGAUCAAGAAAAAGGCGGAGCAUAUUCAAGGAGAAAUUUUCGUCUAAUGGCCAUUCAGAGUGUUUGAACGGGUCUAAUAAAGUACAACGCUUCCGCAGAUUGCUCUUCAGUUGAAAUUGUGCAUUUUGCAUAGAAAGGUAAUCUACAGCUUCAGUUAGUCAUAGUUAUAGUUCUAUGACACACACAAAUGGAGAAUGAAGUCCAAAGGUAGAAUUUCACACAUUUUGCAUGCUGUCGAAGGUUUUUGGCUUUAUGCUUCUGAUAUUUGUUUCUUGGUCGAUAGCUCGUACUUGUGGAAAUUCAAAUUUUGGACCGUGAUACCAUAGAUUUUUCUACCUUUUCCUAUUGAAUAAAUGAUCCAGCUAACAGCUCGGAAAAUUUGUAGGAUGUCAUUCUAAAUUUUGUGCCCAGAUUGAUGUAUAUAUUUUUUCCGUCUCUGUUGUAAAACACUAAAUUGUCAGUUCAAUGAAAUUUUCCUUGUUACAUUUUAGUA